UCACAACACGGAGAGACCAGGCUUGUGAGGGAAGGCUGGUGUGUCUCCUCAUUUGAUGGAUGAAGAGUCCACUGGAAGUAAAGUUUAUAAAAGAACGUUAGCGGACCGACGGACAUAACAUGUGAACUGGUCCCUCCAAUCUCAAAAAAAAAAAGUUUUGGAAGAAGGGAAAAGAAAAUGUGAAAACUAUAAAGAAAAGAAGGAGAACACGUAAAUAAAAAACAGGCUAUGGAUAUGAUAACUCUACUGGGACUACCUUGAGGACACAUGACAGGCUCUCAGUCAUGGAGAACGGAGAUGAAGUGAUUGGGAGCUCGAACCAAAUCGUGGUCUCUGAUGAGAAGAAAUAUGAACUUUGCCGUCAGAAAGACUGCUGUGAACGAGUGGUUAUCAAUGUGUCCGGGUUGAGGUUUGAGACUCAGAUAAGGACCCUAAGUCGAUUCCCUGACACCUUGUUGGGAGACCCAAGGAAAAGAAUGCGAUUCUUUGAUCCGCUAAGGAAUGAGUAUUUUUUCGAUCGGAACCGACCAUGUUUUGACUCAAUACUAUACUUUUAUCAGUCAGGGGGUCGACUACGGCGGCCUACUAAUGUACCUCUAGAUGUCUUCAUGGAGGAGUUGAUGUUUUACCAGCUUGGUGAUGAUGUGAUCAGGAAAUUUAGGGAAGAUGAAGGAUUUCUUAAAGAGGAGGAGAGACUUCUUCCUGAAUGUGAGUUUAUGAAACAAGUUUGGCUCCUUUUUGAACACCCAGACAGUUCCUCUGCUGCUCGUAUUAUUGCCAUUAUCUCUGUCAUGGUCAUCCUGAUUUCUAUAGUCAUCUUCUGCUUAGAAACGCUACCUGAAUUCCGGGAUGAAAGGGAUCUCUCCUUACCGGUUCAGCCCCUUCAUAGAUCUAACAUCACACAAACCAUUAAAGAAAAGAGUCCAUUUGAGGAUCCUUUCUUCAUUGUGGAAACAAUAUGCAUCUGUUGGUUCUCUUUUGAACUCUCUGUACGCUUCAUUGCUUCUCCCAGCAAGGCAGCCUUCUUCAAGGACAUCAUGAACAUGAUCGACUUUGUGGCUAUAAUACCAUAUUUUGUUGCUCUAGGCACAGAACUAGCUCGCCAUAGAGGUGUGGGCCAACCAGCUAUGUCUCUGGCCAUUCUCAGGGUAAUCCGUUUGGUGAGAGUGUUCCGUAUUUUCAAGCUGUCCCGUCACUCCAAGGGAUUACAGAUCUUGGGACAAACACUGAAAGCAAGUAUGCGAGAACUUGGGCUUCUCAUAUUUUUUCUGUUUAUUGGAGUUAUACUCUUCUCCAGUUCUGUCUACUUUGCAGAAGCAGAUCAUGAAAACACCAAGUUUACCAGCAUCCCUGAAGCAUUCUGGUGGGCUGUGGUCACAAUGACAACAGUAGGCUAUGGAGAUAUGUCUCCUGAGACUGUCGGUGGUAAACUGGUGGGCUCCCUUUGUGCUAUUGCCGGUGUGUUGACCAUCUCUCUUCCUGUGCCAGUCAUUGUGUCCAACUUCAGUUAUUUCUACCAUCGUGAGACAGAGUGUUCAGAUAUAGGCCAGUAUAAUCAUGUUGGUACAUGUCCUAAUGGUCCACCCCAUACUCCAAAGACUAAGAAGGAUAAGAGUCCCAUACUGAAUAAAUUAAAGAGUUUAUAUAGUAAUUCCAAAGCAGAAUACCUGGAUGGACUGGGUCCUAUGGAUGAUAAACAUGUAAAUUCUGGACAGUCACAUAUAAUAACUGAAGUGUGACUUUUGCAACUGUGGCUUUUUCCCCAUCUAGUAUCAUUUCAUCAUCAUCAUCAUCAUCACCAUCAUCAAUAUUCCCAUCAUCACCAUCAUCAUCAUCACCAUUUCAUCAUUCUUUAUUUUGGAGUCUUAAGAGUAUUGGUGUCCAAUCAGUUGGUAAAAUAUGAAAGGCGCCAUGCAAAAUUUUUGAAAUACUUGGCUUACUUUAAACUAGAAAGAACAUUGGAAGUGCUUUGAUGGCUUUUUUGGCAGUAUUAAGGUAAACAAGGUUUCCAAAGAUGAUGUUAAUGAAGUAUAUAGAAUAGGGUUGACAUGUUAUGAAAUAUGUGAAUAAAAUAUUCAAAAUAAACAUACAACUUUGAAGAAGAAUCGUGGAUUACACAUUUAGCACUUACUCUUGGCCAAUGGAAGGUUCUUUAACAAGUCGAGGAACAAAGAGCCAUCAAUUAUCACAUAUUACUGCACUAUUAAAUUACAUGUGCUAGAGAGCCAAGGGGAAGAGAUAGCCAGAUCCGGCUCAAAUAAUGGCAAAAAAACUAAAUUCACAACUAGAACAACAAAAGUAGCCAUGGGCAAAGGGGCAAAUUGUGCAACACCUGCCUGGUCACCAAAAACAGCAGGGCAAGCAGACUAUAUGGUAGCAUUAUACUUCACUGAUGAAUGUUACCUAUUAUAUUAAUGUGAUCCUUAAAGACUGGAAAGCUUGGGGUUCAUGAAAUAUUAUAUUUACUCCAUUUAAACAGUUUUGGAUUUACAAAAUGUCUUUGAACAAUACGGCAGCUCACAAGAGCUUUUGGUUGCACGAUUGAUCACUUUCAGUUCAAUCUUAUUUCCCCGGUUACUGGCCCUAUGGAACGACUUUUGUAUUCUGAUCUACUAGCUUCAGUCAAUUUUUUUGUCUUAAUGUUUGCUAAAAGUCUUCGAAGUUACAGUUUCAUCACUGGGAAUCAAGGCACAAUCCAUCCUCUCCAAUGUUCAAAAAAAGCUUUACUUGUUGUAUCACCUCUUCAGUGUUAUAGUUUUAACAUUUGGACUAUAUUUGGUUUACCUGUAGUCCAGAACCUGAAAAAGCAUAGUUGUCCAGAACCAUACCACCCACACGAGUGUCUACGAAGCUGAGGUAUGAGGAGUUGUUUGGUGAAGUCCUCACAGGUGUAACUUGAAGCUCCUGGGCCCCAGUGCAGAAUCUACCAUGUGCUAUUUAUAAUACUAGUGCCUUCUUACUGUAUAUGGCAGAUAUGCCUUUUGGCCUGAAGGGCCCAGACAUGACUGAUACACUGUAACACUGCAGGAAACCUAUGGAACUAGUAUAUUUCCAUAAAGGAGUUAUCUGACUAUUCUAAAAUUGGAUAGGUUGCAGUUCUUGCAUGAGUGCCACAUGCUCACCAGUGCUCCUCCAUGCACACACUACACUUUUAGUAGCGGCAGUGCUAGAAACUGCAACAUUGUCCCAUUUAAAGGGGUACUCCACCCCUAGUCAUCUAAUCCCCUAUGAUGUCUGAUCGCGUGGGUCCUGCCGCUGGGGACUCCCCCCAUCUCCCUGCUCUUU